CCGAAAAUCUUGCCCUCGAGGUUCUUUUGAAAUCAUGGAUAUCGUGAUAAUGUACCUUGGCGCCAUACUCUCCAACCCGGACAAUUACGCACGGUUACGCAUUGAGCCUUCUCUACAGCAAGUGGGAUGUCCCUAAACAGAUAAUUUGUAUCGUCAUUCCAGCCAGAAUCCGUGUUAAGCCCAAACACACUGUGGGAAAAUCUGUGAAACUUGGAGGAUCUAGCAGCUGUUCUCUCGUCCAGGCGUGAUAGUCUUGCUGUGCGAUAACACUGCAGGCAAUGCCAAGUCAGCUUGAGAAAGUGGUGGCCCAGAAAAAAGAGGCCAUCGAGGCAGUGAUGGAGGUGUUGGAGAAAGGGGCAGAGGUGCUAGCCAGCACGGUGGGAGAGCUCUUUCCUCUCUGUGAGGCUGCCGCCCCGGUCCUCCGCCUCGCCCUGGACAACGUGCAGAGCAAAGAGGUUUUUUAUGUGAAGGAGCAAUUCCUGGUAGUGCGAAACCGGCUUGAUGUCAUCUCCUCCCAGCUGGAGGACAUCGACUGUGAGAUUAAGAAGGGCCGUGUGGACACCCAGUACUUCUCCGUUGAGGAGAACCUACGCAACCAGUUCCGCAAAUAUGUUGAUAUUCUGGAGGCGAAACCCCAGUUCUGUGAGGUCAAGACAAGGUUAUUCUUGGAGCAUUUCACCAAAACAGGAGGAGAGAAGAACCUUUGUGUCCUCUACGAUGCACUGAUGGGCAACAACACAUUUGGUGAAUCCAUCCUGGAGGUUGUGGAGAGGUAUGAAGCUCGCAACAGGAGAGUCCUGGAGGACUUCUGUGUGCGGAUGAAGGAGCUCUUCUGCCUGGGACUGAUCGCGCUGCUGGGCCACUGUGCCCUGAGCCAAGGAGAGGAGGAAGAGCAGGAGAAAAUUCAGGAGUGGAGUGCCAAAAUCCAGGAGGUCGAGACCAAAAUGAAGCAGACCAUUGAGGCAUGUGUGAUGGCGUUCCCUGAGCAGGCAAACCUAGACGCCCAGAAGUUGAUCAAGGAAAAAGAGACCAAAAACCUUCAGGACGUAGCCGAGCAGCUGCGGGACUUCCUGGCACGGAAGUAUGACUGGGUCAGCUGGUCCGUCCGCGUGAUCAACCACUCCGGCAGCAGCUACCGCAACUGGAGGGCUGGGGAGAACUUCCAUCUUGUGAAUGGGAAGAACUGGUUUGAUGUCCCGCAGGUGAACGACACCAACCUGGUGGUGUCCUACAGCUGCUGUCCCCAGCCAGUUCCCACGGAGAGCAUACAGGAGCUACUGGCGGGUCCAGUGAAGAGAGGGGACGCCAAGGCUGUGGUGGAGGCUCUGGAGAAACAGCUGGCUGGGUUUGUGGUCCACGCUGUCAGUCGCCACAAGGAGAGCUGCGCCGCUUGGAACUUUCCGGAAGACUGCCAUUACUGGGAGAGGCACAAAAAUGUGUCUCUUUGUGUUCACUCAGAGUGAGGCAGAUUUUGACAGAACUCUGUCUCAACUUAUUGCCUUGUAGUCUAGUUGAGGGGUUUAAACGGCUGCACUUUAAGUAAUUUAUUCCUGACCCAUACUGUGAGUAAGACUUUAUUGCUCUGUAAAUGUAGUUACUAACAAUAACAAAGUGUUUAAUAUUGGCCUUUAUUUAUUAACAAUAACUAAAACGUAAUUUCAAUAAUAAGCAUUCGGUAUUCAUGUAUGCAUCCAAUAAAAUAUCACAUUAUUAUUGCCCAUGUCAACUAAUAUGAUAUUCUAAAAGUCUCAUCUAUUAAAACAUAUAUGGACUGUAAUAAUA